GACUAUCGCACUCCAUCUUCUCCCUUUAUGUGGAUUCGAAGUCAAAAUUCUCUAGCGGUUCUCCAUUCUCUCUUGGCUGGAUCUCUCCAUUGAGUUGCAGACUGAAAUUGAAGAAUGGCGUCAUUCCGAGCAUUCUUGAACAGCCCUGUUGGUCCAAAAACUACUCACUUCUGGGGACCUGUCGCCAACUGGGGAUUUGUUGCUGCUGGGUUAGCAGACAUGAACAAGCCACCAGAAAUGAUUUCUGGAAACAUGACAGCAGCAAUGUGCGUCUAUUCAGCACUGUUUAUGAGAUUUGCAUGGAUGGUGCAGCCCCGCAAUUACCUACUUCUUGCUUGUCAUGCAUCGAAUGAGACUGUACAGAUGUAUCAAUUCUCACGUUGGGCAAAGUCUCAAGGGUACUUGUCAGAGAAGAAAGACGAAGCUGCAUCUCAGUAGCCUGAUUUUGGGCAAAGUAAUUAUCCUUUUGUGUUCGUGUCAUGAUUUUCUGAAGGUUGUAAUUGACCCAUUGAUAAUCGUUGUGUAUGUUAUUUGAAAAUAUGUGAGAAAGCUACUUCAGUAACGCCAAAAUGGAAUUGGGAAUUUUCUCCCGAGAAGCAAUAAAUAUUUUAGACUUUCCAA